GAUUACCCUUUCCAUACAUUCAGUCACAGUAAUAAGUGCAAAUGCACGAAUGGUGACUCAGUGAGUAAGCGACCUUGAAUGCUACAAGGGAAGACAUUAUUGUCAAGAUCGUUGCAAGGUGGAUCAAGUGCAUACUCUGUUGUAUUUAUAUCAACGGAACAAGAAGUGGAUGCAGUUGUAAGUUUUUUGCAGAUUAUAAUGGGUGAGAAGACUCCAGUAUCCAAAAACAAUGACUGUUAUUUCUACUAUUAUUCAUCAUGUUCCAAGGGUGAUGCCUGUCCUUUCCGCCAUGAACCAUCUGCUCUCCGCAAUGAGACCAUGUGCUAUUAUUGGAAGCUUGGCAAUUGUAACAAAGCAAACUGCUUCUACAGACACAUGGAGAUUACUGGACUCCUUAUCGGAACGCCACAUAGCCUAAGCCACUCAGGACCUUGA